AUGGAGGUAAAACUGCUACAGAAAGCAGUUUUAAAAUCAAUUAAAGAAAAAAUUACGAAUUUACUCGAAGGAAAGAAACAACAAACAACUUCAAUUUUGGAUAAAGAACACGUAAUAACGCUAACUGAUAAAAACUUUAAUGAUCUUGUUAAGUAUUCAGAUGAUGCUUGGAUGGUAUUAUUUUUCGCUCCUUGGUGUGGUCAUUGCCAGAAUCUAGAACCACAUUGGAAUGCUGCAGCUAGACAGUUAAGUGGCAAAGUAAAAUUUGGCGCUUACGACUGCACAGUCUAUAGCACCAGGUCUAAAGAAUACAAAAUUCAAAGCUAUCCAACAGUAAAACUUUUCAUUCCUAAAUCUGAUGCCAAUACUCAACCAAAAAUUGAGCAAGUCUUGCAAAUUGGUGGUUCUGGAUAUCCAACUUUAGUUGCAGUCGAUUACAACAACAAAAGCUUUGCAACGUUUGUCGGCGCCUUCACUCAAGACAAAUAUGGACUUAAAACUCCAAUUCUGGUCAAAACGUUUCCUGAAGUUAUUGUCGUUGAUCCUUGGGAUGGCUACGAUAAAGAUGUUUCCGUUGUUAACGAAAAGAUUGAACUGUAG